AUGAUAUUGCUGUUCGUGAUUACAUUGCUUCAAAGGCGGGUGGAUGCCCUCCCGGUAAGCACCGAGAAGCCUUCAAACGAUUAUUUGAUGUUCUAUAAUUCAGACCAACCUAAUAUUGAAAUGGCUUUUUUCAGUAUUAGUAUGUUAUUUAUGAUUUUCUGUUAUCUGUUAUUAACGGUGAUGUACUACAUGGUGAAGUUGCUAGCCAGGCGUUACUUUGCGAAUGGUAUUCUAUUGUCUAGCGGUGAAGCUAGUAGCGGGAAUAUUAGAGGCGAUACUGACGAUUGGCACAAUAACUUGGACGAUGAAGAAGAAGUUAGACAUAAGGUGGCAUUGCUUUCACCUCAAGAGCAGUUUUAUUAUAAACAAGGCGAGGAAUUUAUAAAACAGAAUCCUCCUUUAACACUUUCAUCCAAUACCGUUGCUGGCAACGGCGAUAGUAAUGGUAGUCGUCCUUCAGCUGCCGAAGAUAUGGUAAUGAACGAGCAAACACGUCUUUAUAUUGAGGAGGAAGGUGCUCAUGCAUGGGAAUUCAAGCCUUCUUUGAACUUACCCGAGGAUUCUGUAAUUGUUGAAAACAAAACUGAACUUACAUUUUUAAAUUAUAAUACAGAUGUGAGUGUAACAACCAAUUUACCUAUUCCUGUUGUUAACAGGGUGUACUACUUUGAAUGCAAGAUUUUUGAAGUAAAUAAUUCUUCUGCUAACUCUAGCCGAAACCACGAACCAUCUGAUAAUGAGUUGAUGUCAUUUGGCUUGUCUACAUGCCCAUACCCAUAUUUCAGACUACCCGGUAGACAUCAUCAUUCUGUUGCAUAUGAUUCCAGUGGUGGCCGCAGACUUAACAAUUCUUUCAAUCUUUCUCCAGAGCUAGCCCAAGCUUUCCCAAAAUGUGAAAAGGGCGAUGUUAUUGGAGUCGGGUAUAGGACACGCAGUGGAACCGUUUUUUUCACUCGUAACGGUACGAAACUGAAAGAAAAACACAUAGGUGGACAUAUCCGAGGCUGGAAAUUCAGAUAUUUGUACCCAAUCAUUGGUGCAAAUUUCCCAUGCAAAAUACAUGUAAAUUUUGGCACUUACGGUUUUGUAUUUAUUGAGGCAAACGUAAAAAAAUGGGGGUACGCCAAGGCAAAUGGUGUAAAGCUGCCUCCCCCUGCAUACGACGAAUAUAAUCAGGAUAUGUUAUUGGAAAGCAGUUACGAAGAUGAAAUUUCAGAUGCAGAGAGCCUGACAAGCCUAACUGAUGACAUUUACGACAAUAGAGGGUUGCUUCCUCCACCUCCUGGGUUUGAAUUUAGCACAUCCACGGACACAUAUGGUGAUCAAUAUACCAUGGGAUCCUUGCCUAUGGAGCCACCUGGAUAUUCUUCGGAUGGGAAUGGACUUGUUCAAGGUAAAGUUAACAAUGAGGCGGCAGAAACAGAUAUACCCGGAGAAACAGGGGAAGAAAAUGAAUCACAGGAAUUGGAUGAACUUUCACAAGAGGACAUACAUGCAAACACUUUUGCAAAUCAAUUUAUGAACGCAUGUUCUCCUUAA